UCUUUUAGAUAAAAUUUGAUAUAAAACUUAAACUUGAACCAAAUUUUAUUAUUAAUAGUAUAAAAUAGAUUGAACUAGAGCUGAAAGGGUUUUGCGUCGCUUUGCCAACUUAGUACCAGUAGUACCAGUACGGUUAACCGGCAACCUGCAGAAGGUUUGACGGUUUGUUUUGACCGUGUCUGCAGUCCGCCUUCUAUGCUGAAGUUCAGGAUGAGCAGGAAGAAAAUUUCCCAAACCGAGCUGAGGAAGUUUAUGACUGCCCAGAAGAGGAAGGCCCUCGACUCUAUCAAGAAAAUCGAAUCGCCUCUGGCAAAAUAUUCAGAUACUGGUGUCCUCUCGUGUAUCGUAUGCGAUUCUGUUAUUAAGUCAGAAGCUAUUUGGAAUGUGCACAUAAACUCUAAACAACACAAGGAAAACAUAGCAAGAAAGAAACAGAAUGCGGCGGCACCACCCCCACAAAACAUCAUUCCCACACUACUUAUGCCAUCGCCACAGGCAGGUCCUGUCCGACACAUUUUUAAAAAACCGGGCACUGUCGUGAAAGAGGAAGUCGAAGAUGAUCCUCCUCCACCUAAAAAGCUUAAAGGCAUUUUGAAGAAUGCGACCCCCCUUCCUGAUAACUUUUUUGAUGAUAUUGCUGAAACUAAAAAGGAGGUUGAAGAGGAACUGGAUACAAACGGUGUUAAAGAAGAGACUGAAGAUGAACCAAUGGAGACGGAGACGACGGAAGAACCUGUUGUUGAACUCCCUGAAGGAUUUUUUGAUAAUCCAAUUUUAGAUGCCAAGGCGAGAAAAGUUGAAUACAAGGAUCCAAUCCAGGAAGAGUGGGAGAGGUUUCAGAGGGAGAUAAAAGAGGAGACGACUCUGUCUGCCCAGAUCAUCCACGAUGAAACUGAAGAUGCAACUGCUCUGAGACAGAUUGAAGAAAUCGACGAACAGCUCAGGAAGCUCUCAAAAGUUGUAGAACUAGAAAAGCGUAAAGACAGGUUCAAAGCUGAUGCUCUUCUCAAACCGAAGGAAGUGAAAGAGGAAAACGUCUCAAGCGGCGAAGAUGAUGAUUAUGAACUUGAAUUUGACUGGCGAGCAAAACGAUACCUGUGCUAAAUCUUUCUAAAGUGUACAGUGAACUUUAAAUAACAAAUGUUAUAAAUAAUUCCUGUGUAAAUAUGUAAAAUAUGUUGUGUAUAGUU